AGACUCAACUUAACAAUGUCAGUUAAGCUUGUGGCUUUUUUGCUGCUCCAAACCGCAGUAGCUGUCCUGGCGGGCGUUCGCCCAUUCAAUGAGCUCAUUAGACGACCACCGCGCCUCGAUGGUCGCAUUGUUGGUGGUCAACCUAUAAACAUAACAGAUGCUCCAUACCAAAUUUUUUUAAUAACUCCUGGAUUUUUUUGCGGCGCUGUCCUGAUCUCGAAGGAGUGGAUACUAACAGCAGCGCAUUGCACCUGGAAAGUUAAAGCCAAUUCUAUACUCGUGGUGUUAGGCACCACUGAAAUCUCCCAAAACAUGCAGCCGCAAAAAAUCAAAAAGAAAGUUGAACACGAAAAGUACAACAAUUUAGAUUUCGAAUAUGAUUUUUCGCUGUUGCAGCUGCAGGAACCAAUUGAAUUCGAUGAGACCAAGCAGGCUGUUAAGCUGCCGAAGCAAGGUCAAGAGUUCAAGGACGGUGAAAUGUGUUAUGUAAGCGGUUGGGGCAAAACACUGAAUCCUGAGGAGUCAAGCAAGUGGCUGCGACAGGUGAAGGUGCCGCUGUACAACCAGAAAGAGUGUAGGAAGCGAAACCUUCUAAUCGGCAUUGUGACAGAUAACAUGAUCUGUGCUGGCUAUUCGGAAGGUGGCAAGGAUUCCUGUCAGGGUGAUUCUGGUGGUCCCUUGGUAAAUGGGAACGGUGUGUUGGUGGGCGUGGUGUCCUGGGGCAAGGGAUGCGCCUUACCCAAUCAUCCGGGCGUAUACGGUAGAGUAUCCUAUGUUCGUGAAUGGAUUAGGAAGCACAGCGGUGUUAUAGUGGGAUACUUAGAUAAACUUUUUCUUUGUUGGGUCGGCCUUAUAAAAGCCAAGAGCUUUCUUCAUUCCGCCAGAGUCAACUUAACAAUGUCAGUUAAGCUUGUGACUUUUUUGCUGCUCCAAACCGCAGUAGCUGUCCUGGCGGGCGUUCGCUCGUUCAAUGAGCUCUUCAGACAACCUCCGCGCAUCGAUGGUCGCAUUGUUGGCGGGCAACCUAUAAACAUAACAGACGCUCCAUACCAAAUCUCUUUACAACUCGUGCUUCCACUAUCUUUGAUACAUGAUUGUGGUGGCUCACUGAUCUCGAAAGAGUGGAUACUGACGGCCGCGCAUUGCACCUAUGGUAGGAAAACUAAUCAACUACGCGUGCGGCUUGGCUCCUCUGAAAGUAAAAGAAAUGGGCAGCUUCUACGAAUCAAAAAGAUUGUUAACCACGAAAAGUACAACCAUGUAACUACCGAUUAUGAUUUUUCGCUGUUGCAGCUGCAGGAACCAAUUGAAUUCGAUGAGACCAAGCAGGCUGUUAAGCUGCCGAAGCAGGGCCAAGAGUUCAAGGACGGUGAAAUGUGUUAUGUAAGCGGUUGGGGCAAAACACUGAAUCCUGAGGAGUCAAGCAAGUGGCUGCGACAGGUGAAGGUGCCGCUGUACAACCAGAAAGAGUGUAGGAAGCGAAACCUUCUAGUCGGCAUUGUGACAGAUAACAUGAUCUGUGCUGGAUAUAUGCAAGGUGGCAAGGAUGCCUGUCAGGGCGAUUCUGGUGGUCCCUUGGUAAAUGGGAACGGUGUGUUGGUGGGCGUGGUGUCCUGGGGCAGGGGAUGCGCCUUACCCAAUUAUCCAGGCGUAUACAGUAGAGUAUCCUAUGUUCGUGAAUGGAUUAGGAAGCACAGCGGUGUUUGAUUUGCUAACUAACUAAAUAAAAAAAAAAAACACAAUAUGCAGCAAUUAUAAAAUAGUCUACAAUCAUUUACCCACACCUAUUCCAAAAUGCAGAAAUAAUAAAAAUCGGACGGUAUACAGAUUCAGGUCCCUGUAUAGCACGCGAAGAUCGUGUCAUAAUCCGUCCCAAAAAACAAUACUAA